UUUUUACGAAACCGACAGUCCACGCACCGUCAGCGAGCAGACGCGUCGUCUCAGCGUGACACGAAACAUUGGCAAUCGAUCGCCAUAAUGCUUUUCAAGUCCAAAAUAUCACAGUGAAAUCUCUAUAUUUAUUUACAUUUAUAUAUUAUAUUUACGUGUAAUUAAGAAAGUGUAUCGUGUCAGACAACUGGUUUUUUAUAUCUCUCUAACUCAAUUCUACUAUGAAGGAUAAAAGUAGUCGUGAUGGAGCCCACGAGGCUAUGCUUUCUCAGAACCAGACGCCAAAGGCCGUUAAAAGUAAAGAGACUAAGAGUUCUGAAGAGUAUGAAGCGCUGCAGGGUUUUCUUCGCAGCAUCAGUUCGACAGCUACACUGCCGCCCUAUAUAAAGGGCGAGACGUACUCCUCGGUACGAGGAGUUUUUAACCAGUGCCUUAUAACAUGUGCAGUACUAAUAUUGGCCGCGGGUGCGGGGCACCCCAUUGGCUUCUCCGCUAUUGCCUUACCUCAGCUACAAAAUAAGACAUCUACACUCCCGACAGAUGAAGAUAUGGGAUCGUGGAUUGCCAGUAUUCAUUCUGCAGCAACACCGCUAGGCUCAAUGUUGUCGGGGCCAAUAAUGGAGGCCAUAGGUAGACGACGGACGCUGCAAACAACCACUUUACCACUAGUUAUUGGAUGGAUUCUCAUAGGGACAGCAUCUCAUCACGCACUAUUGCUGUUGGGACGGGCCGUCUGCGGAUUUGCUGUUGGUGUUAUGGCAGCACCUUCGCAAGUAUACCUAGGAGAGAUAUCAGAGCCAAGACUGAGAGGCUUGCUAAUAGGUACUCCAUUUGUGGCGUAUUCCCUAGGAGUGCUAUAUGUUUAUACCCUCGGGGGUGUCCUUUCAUGGAGACUAGUGGCCUAUCUGUCAAUACUACUACCUUCUUUAGCCUUCGUGGCAUUAUGCUUCUCACCAGAAAGUCCAACUUGGUUGGCGCGACGUGGGCGCUUCCAUGAGGCAAUGGCAGCCAUGUCAAGGCUAAGAGGAGACCCAGAUACGGCACAAAGAGAACUUCAUGAAUUAAUAUCGGCCCGGGAAAAGGAAAAGGCACGAGGCGAGGAGACAAUACGUUUCUUCGAUACUGUACUACGUCUUCCAGUGUUAAAGCCGCUAUUGCUUAUCAAUGUAUUCAACUUGAUGCAAAUCCUCUCUGGCAGUUACGUGGUGAUAUUCUACGCGGUGGACAUCGUUAAGAACUCUGGAGGAUCGCUGAAUCCAUCUGACGCUGCCGAAGCAAGUGCCCUAGUCAGGCUCGCAGUGAGUGGGAUAGCGUGUGUGAUGCUACUUAAAGUUACUAGAAGAGCACUGGUUCUGGUGUCAGGGGUUGGAGCAACAGCGUGUACUCUGGGUCUAGCCUUCCUUUUAUCCCAAGGACCGGGCAGCGGCGUGCUCCCUCCAACACUAAUUCUCGGAUUCGUGGCAUUUAACACCCUGGGCUUCUUCCCCUUACCAGGUCUUAUGAUCGGGGAACUCUUACCGACAAAGGUCCGUGGACUCUGCGGAGGUUAUAUAUUCUGUCUUUUCAAUGCAUUCCUCUUCGGUUUUACAAAAUUUUACCCGGUUAUGAGAAACCAAAUAGGCAUGGCUGGAGUCUUCGGCUUGUUCGGAGUGUCGUCCGGGCUGGCCACGAUUUUACUCUUCCUACUUCUUCCAGAGACAAAAGGAAAAUCCUUAUUACAAAUAGAACAGUAUUACCAAAAACCAAACAUUCUAUGGGUUACCAGAAAUAAAAUGGACAACGGGCAGAGCGUCUAAUGUAUUAUUAAUAUACUAUGUACUUAAACUCAAGGUCAACCUAGACGGGUAUAGAUAUCAAGCAUUUUUCGAACGCGGCUCUUGCGUAUUUGACGUUUUACAUUUCUAGAGAAAUUCCUUAUUACGUAAUCGUGAAAGCACAGUACGAAAGAUAACUUGCUAAUGAGAGAGAAGAAACAAACAGUCAACAGUAUAUUUCAAGACUUGUGUACUUACGUUUUAUGAUUGUAUUUUGAGAUGCAUUUUUAUUUCGAAUUCAUGUUUAUGUAAUUAUAUCUCCAUUUUGAAACGUUUAAUAUUUACAUGAAUUAUAGUUUAAUAGUGCUCUCUAGGUGAUUCAGAUGAAAUAAUACAAACACUACAUAUAUACGUUUUGUAUUUAUGGGUUUUAAUUCAACCUUCGUGAAUAUUAUAACGAUUUUAUAGAACGUAUACAGUGUAACACACAGCUUUCGUAUCCAAUUUUUAUUGGUAACCAAAAUUAUGCUAAGUUUUAAAAUGAUGAGGGAUUAGCCCAAGUAGGUAUAUAAUAGGACCUUUCCAAAAUCUUUGAUUUUCUUAUUUUUUUCAUCAUCUAUUGUUUACUGAGAAUAUCAAUGUGAGAUUAUCUGUGAUUUAUUUAACAAUAGUCAGAUUCAUAAUCCUAAGGAUAUAGAAAUUGUAUAAAGAUAUAGGACAGUUAUAAUUAUUUUUAUAAUAGUGUUCGUAAAAUAAAUCGAAUACUAUGUUAA